AUGGCCGACUCCGCCCCCGCCGCCCAGCAGCCUGAGAACCCCCUCAACCCCCGUAACCUCAAGCCUUGCUGCGCGUGCCCGGUUACCAAGACGGCCCGUGACGACUGCUUCAUCAAGUUCUCGUCGGACGAGGCCGCCGUCAAGUGUGCCGACUUGAUAGAGCAGCACAAGGCGUGCAUGCGCGGCUACGGUUUCAAGAUCUAA